UGUCGUUGACUGUUAUUAAACCUAUCUUUAAAUUAUGUUGCAUUAUUUUAAUUAUUAUACUGUGUUAAUGUCUCAAAAUGUGUCAAAUAAAUGUGAUUUUAGUUAUGCAAAUUUUGUUCUCACUUACUAUUGUGCUUUCAAGUAGCCCUGUGAGUCAUCUGCACAUGCCCGUGGAAAAGAAAGAUACAUUUCUGAAAGAAACCUGUGGGAAUGAGAAAAUCAUAUUCAGGCAAUGGAUGUUGUGAUGCAGAUUUCCUGGCCUGACUGAAACAAGAGAGAAAAUGCAGAAGACAACAUAAGGAACAACAGCAUUCCAGUCAUUUCAAUGCCAACAGCCCGGAGGCAUACACAGCACUUUAAUAAGAGACAAAAUCAGCAUUCAAUAGCCAGCUCUCAAUCAGCAGAAACCUGUGGGAAUGGGAAAUUCAUAUUCAGGCAAUGGAUGUUGUGAUGCAGAAGACAACAUAAUGAGUAUGUGCGCGAAGUGCUCUGGAGGUGUUUACGGUGCUGAUCAGGCCUGCCAGGCCAUGGGACAAGUGUACCAUGACAGCUGCUUCACCUGCUGUGUCUGCGGCCGGAAACUGAAAGGGAAGGCGUUUUAUGACUUUUCAGGACGGGUGUUCUGUGAGGAGGAUUAUUUGUAUUCCAGCGUCAAGCACUUUGCAGAGGUCUGCACAUCCUGCGGAUAUUUAAUCACAGACAUGGUGCUCCAGGCUUUGGGAAAGUCCUUCCAUCCCGACUGUUUCCGCUGUGUCAUCUGUAAUGAGACACUGGAGGGACAGGCGUUCAGUGUCGACACACAAAACAAGAUAUAUUGUGUGAAAGAUUACCACAGGAUUCUGGCACAGACAUGUGCUAUAUGUGAACAGCUCAUCCUUCCCAAUAAGGGUUCAAAUGAGAUUGUACGAGUGAUGUCCAUGGGAAAAAGCUACCAUGUGGCCUGUUAUGAAGGAAAAAGCAACAUUUAAUCACUGUUCAGUCUGAAGAAAUAAGAAUUAUUCAUUGUUUAUGUUUUUUGCACCACUGUAUUGUUGUUAAGUACUGUGUAAUUGAUGAAUGUUGACAUAAAACUUGAAUUUAAAUACCAUAUGAAAUGUCAAAGUGCCAUGAUAUAUUUUUGAUACUAUAUUAUUAAUAGUAUUAAUAGCAUGUUAUUAAUUCAACUUGCUACCAAACCAAACUGUGUUGUCAGAUAAAUAAUGGAUCCUUAA